GCAGCGAGCGCCCAGCCCGGCCCGGCCCCGCCAGCCGCCCCCCAUGGAGGAGCAGCCCCACCACCACCAUCACCACCACCACUAUUACUACUACGGGCACCACCACCACCACCCGCAGAGCGCCUACCUGCCGCCGCCCGACGGCCGAGCCCAGCCUAAGCCGCCGCUCCGCCACGAGCACAAGCACGGCGGCCCGCAGCACACGGAGGCGCCGAAGCGGAGACCAGGCUACGGAGAGCUGAAUGGUAACGCAGGAGAGCGAGAAGCGUCCCUGAAGGGCCUGUGCUCUGAUGAAGCCGCCGCCCCAGGAUCCAGGGUCCCCAAUGGCAGCCAGCAGCUCGUAGAUCCUAAUGCCAUCCCAAAGCAGACUGUGAAGGCCGGUGCUUUGGGGAAAGCUGGAAUCAAAACCAAGAACUUCAUUCAGAAAAAUAGCAUGGACAAAAAGAAUGAGAAGUCUUACGAGAACAAACACAGAGAGAACCAGUCCUCAGACAAGCCAGAGGGAGUGUCUAUUCCAAACGGCGUGGUGACCAACAAUUCAAGCUACAUCACAAAUGGCUACGUAGGCAAAGGGGCCGACAACGAUGGCAGCGGCUCCGAGAGUGGAUAUACCACACCUAAAAAAAGGAAAGGCAGGCGCAACAGUGCCAAGGGUUGUGAGAACUUGAAUCUAGUACAGGACAAAAUAAUGCAGCAGGAGGUCAGUGCGCCAACCUUGAAACAGGAACUUGAGAGUUUCAAGCCUGAUUAUAGUGAACAAAAGGGGAACCGAAUUGAAAAUACUAAGCCUGUUUGGAAAUAUGAGGCUGGGGCUGGUGGAGCAGGCAGGGGGAAGCCUGGGCUCGGGGAUGUACCACGGAAAAACUCUGAUGCCAAACCUGGGAUUAGCAGCAAGAAGUUUGAUGACCGGCCCAAAGGGAAGCACGCAUCGUCGGCUACGUCUAAAGAGGACUCAUGGACCUUAUUUAAACCACCCCCAGUUUUUCCAGUGGACAAUAGCAGUGCUAAAAUUGUUCCCAAAAUUAGUUAUGCAAGUAAAGUUAAAGAAAACCUCAACAAAGCAGCUCAAACCCCAUCCACGUCAUCUUCAUCGUCUUCAUCAUCUGCUGGGGAAACUCAGGCCCAGACAUCAUCAAGUCGACUGUCCCAAGUCCCCAUGUCUGCUAUGAAAUCUGUCACUUCUGCCAGCUUCUCCAACGGGCCAAUCCUUGCUGGGACUGAUGGAAGUGUGUAUUCCCCAGGGGCCCAGCCACUGCUCUCCACUGCUGCUAGUACUGUACCAUCGACCUCCUCCUCCGAGUCUGUACCCCAGGACAUGAGUACAACUUCGACAGCCCUCGAACAAAAGAAAUCUGGCCUUUUUAUCUACCCUUCAAAUAUGCAAACUGUGCUCCUGGGGACAGCACAAGUCGAUUUCCCUUCACAGACGAAUCAGCAGAACCUGGGGGAUAUCUUCCAGAAUCAGUGGGGCUUGUCUUUCAUAAACGAGCCCAGUGCUGGACCUGAAACCGUUGUGGGGAAAUCUGCGGAUAAUCAGUUAAUGGAAGUGACAUUUCAAGGGGAAUAUCCUGCCACUUUGGUUUCACAGUGUCCUGAAAUCAUUCCCUCAGGAACUGAACAACCUGUGUUUCCUAAGGCUUAUGAGCUGGAUAAACGGACUAGCCCUCAAAUUCUUAGUGCUGUUCUUAAGCCUGGGACUGCUGUUGAGGGUGGUGUCUUAGCCUUGGAGUCGCAUCACACAGGUGACCUACAAAAGGCAGACACCGGUAGCCAAGGUGCUUUAGUGUUUCUUUCAAAAGACUAUGAAGUAGAGAAUCCUCUGGCCUCUCCUACGAACAAUUUGCUAGCCUCCGCCAAAGAACAGAGGUACCAGAGAGGCCUAGAAAGGAAAGAUAGCUGGGGUUCUUUUGACCUGAGGGCUGCUAUUCUAUAUCACACUAAAGAAAUGGAAGCGGUUUGGAAUUUGCAGAAGCAAGAUCCCAAAAGGAUAAUCACUUAUGAUGAAGCCAUGGAUCGCCCGGAUCAAUGAAGAGUGAAUGCAAGUGAUUAAGGAACACAGACUCAAUUACAAACCCGGUUUCAAAGUUCCUGCUGUCGUCUGCAUGGGCAACAGCAACCCACUGGAGAGGCAUUUCCACUUGACAAGGUUUCUGUUUCUUGUUCUGUGACUGUAGUGACACACUAAUCACAGGGAAAUCAGGAUGAAUCACCAUCCUUCAUCUCCUCUUUCCCUUCCACCUCCCCUGUUUGGUUUCUUUUUUAUUUUUUUUUUUCUGAUUUGUUUUCCAUUGAAUGCUGGAGAAACGCCUUGAAGUUUGCAGAGUUUCUUUUUUUUUUUUCCAGAGAAUUAUAAAUCCGCAUGUUUUGCCAGGAGUAAAGCAGCAAUCCUAUGCUGGUGAUAUUGUCUUAAAAGGAUCAUUCUGCUGAGGGAAAGAUGGUAAUACUGCAGUUCUAGGAUGCAUGGUGAAGUCACACAGUUGACCUGGCUCCUGUUACACGUUGGACUAUUGCAACUGAAGAGUUAUUUCAUUUUAAAAGACAACAUGGAAAAAUAAGCAAUCUGUUUAGGCAUUUAAUAUGGAGAAAAAAAACAACAAAAAAAAACCCCCACUGUUCCCACAGUUUAAUGCCAUUGUAUUACUGGGAGCAAGAAAAAAAAAAAAAAAAAGACAAAAAAAACUAUCUUCUGCUUUCAACUGUAGGUGCUUCAUAUUUGCUCUGUCUGUCUCCUAACACUAAAUGUGCUGGAUUUUUUUCCCAUUUUCAUUGGAAAACUGAAGAGGAAUUGAGUUCUGCUAACUUUCACCCUUCUUGAAUUAUUUUUUCUCUUAAAAAUUUCAAAAUAACAAAAAAAUGAAAAAAGUUAAAAAAAAAACAAAAAAGAAAAAAAUGGGAAUUUGAAUCCUUUUCAAUUUGUCCAUAGAACGCCAGUGGCUGGGCUUCCUGCCCCUUGGAAAUGCUCUUUUAUAUUUUAAUGCAGUCUGUGUAUUUCCGGGCUCUGCUUCUAAUUAUCUCUUAAUAAAAAUAUAUUUUAUUACAAAAAAAAUGGAGGACUUAGGAAUGAAAAUAAUAAUUUAAAAAAAUAAAAAAAAAAUAAUCCCAGGGAAAGGAAAGCUUCCUAGCAGUGGUAGGGAAGGCUGAGCAGAGCGCAGGCUCCAGCUGUGUAACCCCUCUGUCCCAUUGCAGCUUGUGUAAUGUGUCCCAAUCAUCUGGGGGUCGGGUAGUUUUUCUGGGUUUUUUUUAAAAGGUGGAAAGUUCACAGGGUCCAGUGCAAGAGUGAGUAAUGAACAAAGCAGAAAUGGGUUUGUUGGCCAGCCCCAGCUCCCCAUGUACCCAGUGCUCAUCGUGGGUGUUGGUGGCCUAAUCCUGGCUCUCCAAAUCAGCAGCAGUUGGUGUCUCCUAAAAUGAGACUGGACCCUCUGGGGCAUUAGGAGGAAUAGAUAAAUGCAAAAUUUUGGAAUAUCCUUUGUGCUUAGAUUUGCCAUCAGGACAUGGGGCUGCUGUCCAGUCACCAGAGGGUCCCACAGGGCUCCAUCCUCAGCCCAACAUCUCAUUACAGCCUGGGUUCAGGACUCAAAGAGAUACUGAUUUUGCUGACACACUAAACUGUGAGGAACUGUUGACACCCUCUAGGGCAGAGAGCCCACAACAAAUUAGAGCUGGGCAGUCACCAACUGUCUGAAGUUUAACAAGGGUGAGUGUCAGAUGCUGCACCUGGGAUGGCAGCCCUGGAUGGACUGGGAGGCUGGAGAGCAGCACCAUGGAAAGGGAGCUGGGGCUCCUGGUCCGUGGCCCAUUGGAUCUGAGUCAGCAGUGCCCUGGUAGCCAGGGGGCCCAGCAGGACCUGGCCUGCUCUGCUCUGCACUGGUGCAGCCUCACCUCGAGUUCUUGGGCAGUUCUGGGCACCACAACAUGAAAAAGACCCCGAUUAGAGAGCAUCCCAAGGAGGCCAUGGGGAUGGGGAAGGGUCUGGAGGGGAAGCCUCAUGAGAUCACUUGGUUUGUUCAGCUGGAGAAGAGGAGACUGAGGGGAGAACAUCCUCCCGAGGGGCAGCAGGGAGGCAGGUACCAACCUCUUCAUUCGUGACCAGUGAGAGGGAGUAGCCUGAAGCUGAGUCAGGAGAGGGUUAGGUUGGAUAGCAGGAGGAGGUUCUUCACCCAGAGGGUGGUUGAGCACUGGAACAGGCUCCCCAAGGAAGUGGUCACAGCACCAAACUUGUCUGAGUGCAAGAAGAGUUUGGACAAUGCUUUCAGGCACAGGGUGGGAUUCUUGGGGUGUCCUGCACAGGGCCAGCAGUUGGACUCGAUCCUGAUGGGUCUCUUCCAACUCAGAAUAUUCGAUGAUUCUAUUGCUUUCUUUUUUUCUUUUUCUUUUUUUUUCUUUUUUUUUUUUUUUUCAGUAGGAGUAUGUAGCAUGUGUUUUUUUAAAUUGUUUUUAUACUUUUAAUAAGAUUGUUCCUGAAUGAGACACUUGAGUUCACGGUGGGACAAUGAAACUGAAUUCUGUACCUUGUGUAAGAUGCUCGCUUUCUGCCACGCUUAAACAUUUGACUAUGGAUUGCCUACUCCAUUUGAUGUAUCCAGAGCUAUAUAGUAUAAUCCUGAGUGUGAUACUAUAUAGUCAUCAUGUAUUGUAUCAGUCCAGGUUCAGAAAUGUGUGGUUGGCCAGUCGCAAAUAGUUCUGUUUCACCUAUAAACUUGUACCACCUCUGCAGGUGUGUGUAACUUUGAGAUGCAUAACAUGUUUACAGAUGUGCCCAACAUCUAGUCCUCCAACGUUCCUAUUUUUAAUUCUGUUGAGUCUCCCAACUGCUUGCCAAAAGUUGGAAUUGCCUCCAGCUCCCCUGCUGAAGAGCUGGGGCGUUCCUGAGCUUUAAAGUGUUGAACAAACUGGAUAGUGGGGCUGGGAAAAUGAAGGUGGAAGAAAUGUUCUUUUUCCAUUUUUUUUUAUUAUUAUUAUUAUUUUCAAAAAGUUGAAGGCUAAUAGCAAAGUUUCCAGUUUGUUUUACUGGCUUUAAGGCUCUGCUGUGUAUUUAUUUGCCUUGUGUAGUCACUUGUCGCCUUAAGGGCUGGGUUCCAUUAACAAAAAAAAGAAAAAAAAAAAGAAAAAAAUAUAAAACCACCUUGUUUUGCUUCCCUGGGGUCUGUGCUGUCCUGUACCCCUGCCCCAGGUCUGUGCUUGGGGCAGUGCAGGAGUUGAGCAGCACUGACCCUGCGCCUCUAGAGAGGUCUGAGUCUUGCUGAAUAUUUGAGGACUCUCGUGUUGGCCUAGUCCAGUCUGUCACCUGAAUAGUGAAAGAAAUGCUGAGAGGAGCUCGGUUCAGCGAUGGGUUGGGCUGGAUUCCCCCUGAUGCUCAUCUCUGUGGCUUUGCCUCGCCAGCGGGACCCAUCCAGAAACACCCUCGGCAGCGCCUUCUCUGCUGUAUUUCUGCCCAUCCUCUGUUCACAUGUCUGUCUGUCUGUCUGUCUCCGUGAUCUCCACGGCGUGUGCUCAGCUCUAAGCAGUUAGGAAUUCCUCUCUCUGAGCUCCUGUAGCUGCGGCUCCCUGGUGUUUCUGGGAUAGACAAUUGCCUAGAGCCAGGCAGGACCAUGGAAGGAACUUCCUCGUGCUGUCGUGUAACUCACCCUGUCGCUGUCUGCAGUCCUCCCCAAGUCCUCACACAAUUCUUAACUGAGCACUUAUUAAAAAUAUCUUAAGAUUUAA